CCGUAUAAAACACAGAGCUCAUCAAGGUAGUUCACUAUACGGACCUCAGCUGCUUGAUCAUCAUGGCUAAGUUUGUAGUGCUACUGGUUGUUACCGGAACGUUUCUGAAGCUAUCUCUUGCAGCACCCCAAUGCAAAGACGAUGAGGUUUACAACGAUUGCGCCAACUUUCGGUGCGGGCCAGAGAAAUGUGCUGAUAUCAACAAAUUUCUGAGUUGCGAGUUCUCUACAGGCACAGAGUGUGAGCCAGGAUGCAUGUGCCCUAGUGGAUACCUGAAAAAUAAAGACGGGACUUGUGUAUCUGUAGAGAAAUGUGACCCUUCUCCCAAUACUAACUGCGGCGCCAACGAGGAAUUUUACAAAUGCGGCCGUGAAGGCUGCAGCCCACAAUAUUGCAGCGACCUGGAAUCUUCACCUUUCUGCAGAGACGGGCCGUGCGUACCACUGUGUGACUGCAAGGAAGGGUUCCUGAGGGUGUCGUAUGAUAACAACACCUGUGUUACGACAGAACAGUGUAAAAAGAUGUAGAUAAGCAUUUUCUGAGAAAGCUGUGCCUGAAGAUAUCAGUAGAUCAGCAUCAGGAACGGUUAUUGCUCAUAAUGUCGUAAGUCCAAAGACGUUAAUACUGCACUACUCGUAUUAUUUAUGUAUACUGUAAAAUGAAGUUUA